GUAAGAUUGAUAACAAUAAAACAAAGGAUUUAUACCGUGACCUGAUAUCCAUCUUUGACAAACUCCUGUUGCCCACACAUGCUUCCUGCCAUGUACAGUUCUUCAUGUUUUUCCUUUGCAGCUUCAAAUUGGGAUUUGCAGAAGCAUUUUUGGAACAUCUUUGGAAAAAGUUGCAGGAUCCAAAUAACCCCGCCAUCAUCAGGCAAGCUGCUGCGAAUUACAUUGGGAGCUUUUUGGCAAGAGCUAAAUUUAUUCCUCUUAUCACCGUAAAGUCAUGCCUGGAUCUUUUGGUUAACUGGUUGCACAUGUAUCUUAAUAACCAGGAUUCAGGAACAAAGGCUUUUUGUGAUGUUGCACUCCAUGGACCAUUUUAUUCAGCCUGCCAAGCUGUGUUCUACACUUUCGUUUUUAGACACAAGCAGAUUUUGAGUGGAAACUUGAAGGAAGGUUUACGAUAUCUUCAGAGCCUAAACUUUGAGCGUGUUGUGCUGAGCCAGCUGAACCCUCUGAAGAUCUGCCUACCAUCAGUGGUUAAUUUUUUUGCUGCUGUCACAAACAAGUACCAGCUUGUGUUCUGCUAUACCAUCAUGGAGAGGAACAGUCGUCAGAUGCUUCCUGUUAUUCGAAGUACAGCUGGUGGAGACUCUGUGCAGACCUGCACCAACCCACUGGAUACCUUUUUUCCCUUUGACCCUUGUGUGCUUAAGAGGUCAAAGAAGUUUAUUGAUCCUAUUUAUCAGAUUUGGGAAGACAUGAGUGCUGAAGAGCUACAAGAAUUUAAGAAACCUACUAAAAAGGAGCCUGUGGAAGAUGAAGACGAUGACUUUUUGAAAGGUGAAGUGCCCCAGAUGGAUGCAGGAAUUGGUCUUACCCCAAGUUCCUUUGACACCCACUUCCGAAGUCCUUCCAGUAGUGUGGGCUCCCCACCUGUACUGUACAUGCCAGACCAGUCCCCACUCAUCUCAAGGAUCUGUGAUUGAGCUCUGCUGUGCUCCCCAGAGCCCACAAGCCCCACCACUGGACCCCACAUUGGACUAGUCUGUGCCUCUUACGUCCAGCUUCCAUGUUGGACUUGGGCCAGUGUCUGAAGGGACCCAGGUUGUGUGUUUGCAGUUUGCUCGCUAUGGACAGAAGGGAAGAUUGAGUGUCAUUUGUACUAUUUCACAGUGAACAUAGCAGUCAGUGCUGAUGCUUGAGUGUUGGCUUAAUGUGGGAUAGUUACCUGCAGCCUCUUUGAUGGAACUGCUGGAUGCAUACUAGUGUCAGCCAUGCCCUAGCAGAUGGCCUUUAACAGGUUUCUUUUUAGCAGAACGUCAGUCACGUGACUUUGUUGGUCCUGUUUUGGUAAGAAAUCUUCCAGGAUCAGUCGUGCUGUGAAUACUCAGGACUAGAUCCUGUGUACAGUGGCAUAAUGCUUUCCUUUUGACUAGAAUUAUAUUUGUGAUGUAUGAUAGAGGGAAAUGCCAGGUAGGAGUGAAGUGCUGAGAGUUUGGGCUGGCUUCCCCGUGGAACACAAAGGACUGCAGAGGGGCAAAGAAGCCGGGAAGAAAGGGGAUUCAGAAAAAUAGGAAAAGGCGCUGGUGCAGGAGAGAGGAUCUGACAUGAACACAGGUGCAUCACCUGUACCCCAGACUCAUCAGGCGGCCUGGGUGUCUGAAAAGCAAUUUAACAACUCACAAACAUGGACUCGGUCUGGAGAGCCACUCUCAUCAUAAACAGCUGGUCCUGCUCCAUAGCAGGUAUGUGGAGAAGACUUCAGGUGUCCUUCCCUGGGAUCCUUACAUGUAAACUUUGUAAUUGUAAAAAUGGCCCUUUAGUAUAUUUAAUUUUUUUUGCCACUUAUAUUUAUUUAAAGGCAAGCAAUAUUUUCUUGGUCACAGUAUUUUUUAAUGGAAUUUCUCUCAAGGUUUAUUAUAUACUCUUAUGUAAUGACACUGAUGCAGAUACCCUCUGGAUUUCAGUCUACCUGUUAAUGCCUUUUUGGAACAAUGAAAUUUUUAUUGCUUUAAAAAGCUUUCAAUACAAGGCAGGCAGAUCCUUGAGUUCCAGCCUUAGUGGAAAGUCACUAGGACACCUCAGGGUUCCUUUUUAACUGCCAACAAAGAUGCAAAGAAAUUGCAUCCAUAGAUGCUGACAGGAUGUGAGGUUUGGGAAGUAUCUAGAAUGUAGAAUGUGUGUUCACAAAUACUCCUCUUUGCAAAGGGGCUUGAGAAACAAAUCCAUUGUGAAAAAUUAAAGAAUGGUGUAGUUCACCUGGAGCUGUCUACUCAUGUCAAUGAGGGCUUUAAUAAAGACCCCCACCAUGUUCCCGUGA